GACGGCGGCGGCCGGCCGCCAAAGCCGCCGUAUUGAUACCGGCACAAUGGGCCGGCGUCAGGAGUGCUGUGCAUCACUGUCGCAACGGGGCAUCUCGCCGGCAGAGCCGACACGCGCCGCCCAAUUACCAGAUCCAGGGCAGUCGGGCCGGCCCUGCCCCCCCCCCCCCCAUCUGUGUAGCAUCGUCCCACUGAGCUGCACCCCCCGGUAGCCGAGAUGACCGAGGGUGGGGCCGCCACUGGCCUAUCGACUAUUUAAACCGGGACACGGCCGUCCCAGACAUCACACCGCCCUGGAGCUUCACAGGCCUUCCAUCCGACACAGCAUGGGAAUCCAGACGAUUCUGCUGAGCGCCGCAGUGGCUGCCGCCCUGGCCGUUGCGGCGCCCCCCACCCCGGACCCGGAGCGGUACUCGGACCCGGCGCCGGCCGAGCCGCACUACCAGUUCGAGUACUCUGUGCUGGACGCCACCGCGCUGCUCGACUUUGGCCAGCAGGAGCGGCGGGACGCGGCCCAGACUAGCGGCUCGUACCGCGUGCUGCUGCCCGACGGCCGCCGGCAGAGCGUCCGCUACACGGUGCUCGGCGCCGACGGCUACCUGGCCGACGUCACCUACGACGGUGAGCCGGCGCCGCGGUACCAGCGGCCGUACGGACCGUCCACCCGACCCCGCACCUACACCCUGCAGACGGCGACCGGGGCGCCCCUGACAGCCGCCGCCGAAACCACACCGGCCGCCGCUGAGACGACCACCGUGGCAGAAUACGCCGACACUGUGGCGGUAACUGAACAGAUCGAAACGACAGAGGCCGCGCCAGCAGAGGUGGCUGAAACUGACGGCCAAGAACAGGACGACGACGAGACCCACCAGGUGGCUGAGGUAGAGGGCGGAGGGUACGGCACCAAACUGGAGAGCGCCGAGCAGGCAGAGGCGCAGCCUGAGGAACCCACACCAGCGUACCGUCCCCGCCCGCAGCCUCGCUACACUCCGAGCUACUACCCCCAGUACGUGCCUCGCCACUAUCCGCGCUACUACCCGCGGUACCGCCCGGCCUCCAGGGCGCGCACCUACUACACCCAGCAGCGCGAGUCGGUCCCCUCCGCCCCGAGCACACCUGCCGCCCCUGUAGUUGAAACGGUGAGCGACGAGCAGGCCCCCACUCCGGCCCCGGCCGAUCAGACGUACCAGGAGGGCCCGGCGGCCACCGAGGCGGCGCUGGAGACUGACCAGGAUGAGUCAGCGGCGGUCAGCGAGCCAGCGUACGGCGCCAGGCUGGCUGAGACCGAACCGGUGACGGCCGCUCCCGAGACGACCACGGCCGCUCCCGAGAUAACCACGGUCUUCGAGCCGACCACGGCGGUGUACGGCGAGCGGCUCGAGGCGGCGGCGGCUGAGGGAGAGAGGGAGGAGGAGGAGGCAGAGGAGGCGGAGGCGGCAGAGCCCAUCUACAGACAGGACACGCUCUGAUGGGCCUAGCUACUCGUAGCGCCCUCAGCGAUGCCGAUGUCAAUAAACAAGGUAUUUCUAAUAAAUAUUGAGAAAUAUUGUAAG